AUGGGAGACAAAUCAAAACGCCUCCCCACACGACUGAAUUCCCGACCCACCCACGGGAUCUCCAAUCACUGUCGCUCUACACGUGCUUACAUCCCGACUAUCUCGCUCCGCCUUGCCUUUGAGCGUCUUGCGACUCGCAUGCCUCCGUUAAUAUCCGUUCUUUAUUAUCCGUACCCUACUUGUCAAUAUCUCACCUGCCACAGCCGCAUUCCCCUGCCACAUCAUCGUUCGUCGCCUCUCUAACAUAGCGCUCCCGCGAUUACCGCAACCCCCCUUGGCCCCUUAUCCUUCUCGCUUUUACAAUAGAAUGCGGCGGUCUUGCAUCAACACAACCAGCAAACCAAAGCGAUAAAUUCAAACUCU